AUGGAUAUUGGAGGACUUACCACUGUAGUAGCAAAUUCUGCUUACAUCAAUGCCCGUGGAAGCAUUGAUGGCUCCAACCCCACCGCGGCUCGGGAUAAGAAGUACCACGCUCGCCUCAAACUGCCCCACAUCACCGUCUGCGAGGGCUUGAGGGACACCCUAGAUUUGGCUUUCGACACAGUCUGCGUGGAGCAGCCCAUCGGCAAACGCCUCUUUAGGGAAUUUUUGGAUGCAAACCAAGAGUAUCAUGGGUCUUGUCGUUUGUGGAAAGACAUCGAGGACUACGACCUGGCGGAGGACUCGGAGAGGGCAAAGAAAGCCUCAAAGAUUGCUUCACGGUACAUGGACGCAUCUGCCAAACACUACUGCCCAUACCUGCCUGAGGAAACCAUAGCGAAGGUGAAGGAGAAAAUGGAGGCGGUGGGGGAUGACUUGUUUGUGGACGCGUUGGCCAAAACACUGGACUACCUGAGAGAGGCCCCCUACACCUUCUUCCUGGAAAGCAUGUAUCUGAAGAGGUAUCUGCAGUGGAAGUGGCUGGAGAUGCAGCCCAUGGAUGCAGACUGGUUCCUGGACUUCCGUGUGCUGGGGAAAGGUGGGUUUGGGGAGGUCUCUGCCUGUCAGACGAAAGCCACAGGAAAACUGUAUGCCUGCAAGAAACUCAACAAGAAGAGGCUGAAGAAGAGGAAAGGCUAUGAGGGGGCGAUGGUGGAGAAGCGCAUCCUUGAGAAGGUCCACAGUCGCUUCAUUGUGUCACUGGCGUAUGCUUUUCAGACAAAGGAAGAGCUUUGUCUGGUCAUGACCAUCAUGAAUGGAGGAGACCUCAAGUAUCACGUCUACCUGGUGGACGAGAACAACCCUGGCUUUGAUGAGCCCAGAGCCUGUUUUUACAUCGCUCAGAUCAUCCAGGGCUUGGAGCAUCUCCACCAGAAAAGAAUCAUCUACCGCGAUCUCAAACCGGAGAACGUGCUGCUCGACAACGACGGCAACGUGCGUAUCUCUGACUUGGGUCUUGCUGUGGAGCUGAAAGAAGGCAAAACAAUGACUAAAGGCUAUGCGGGGACACCAGGAUACAUGGCUCCUGAGAUGCUGAAAGGAGAGAAAUACGACACUUCAGUGGACUACUUUACCUUGGGGGUGACUUUGUUUGAGUUCAUUUCUGCAAAGAAUCCCUUCAGAAACAGGGGAGAGAAGGUUGAACGCGAAGAGAUGAAGGAGCGCAUGCUGACCCGGGAUGUGGCCUACCCGGACAACUUCAGCGAGCACGCCAAGUCCCUGUGCGAGGGGCUGCUGGCCAGAGAGGUGGACAAGCGGAUGGGUUUCAAGAAUAACUGCUGCGAUGAGAUCCGAGCGCACCCAUUUUUUAAAGACAUCAACUGGCGGAAGCUGAACGCAGGUAUACUACCUCCUCCUUUUGUCCCCGACCCCAAAGUGGUGUACGCUAAGAGUCUGGAUGACGUCGGGGCGUUCUCCUCGGUGAAGGGGGUCAACUUGGAGGAUCCCGAUAAGACCUUUUUUGACGAGUUUUCCUCGGGCAACAUCCCCAUCCCUUGGCAGGAGGAGAUGAUCGACAUGGGCAUUUACGGAGAGCUUAACCUCUGGGGCCCUGACGGCACCAUCCCCAACGACCUCCGCAGAGAGUCCAUCCUAGAGCAGCCGAAGUCAUCCACAUGCUGCGUAUCGUAA